AUGGAACUCGGAAAAUCAUUUCCUAUCGAAAGACUCGAACCUAAAGAUGCUAGAAAACUCUUCUUACAAAGUUGUGAACGUUCUUUGUCCGAAAUUAUGGAUGCGGGAUUAGAUCAAGAUCUUGCUAGACUCAUGGCUCAGCUUGAUGGUUUACCAUUGGCAAUUGUCAUUGCUGGCACAUUCAUGCGCGAAACUGGCACAGGCAUCAGUGAGUACCUAGAGGAUUAUCAGAAAUCAUGGUUCCAAUUGCAGGCUCAAUCUUUACCCACGCGUCAUUAUCAUCAAGGUAAUAUCCUUCAGACAUGGGCAGUCUCCUAUCAUGAAAUUGAGAAACGAGAUUCAACUGCUGCAGUACUGCUUCUCUUUCUGUCAAUUUUCGAUAACCAAGACAUCUGGUAUGAGUUGAUUGCGGGUGGCCGUCAUUGUCCUAAUGUCCCCGAUUGGUUCGAAAUGGCAGUUGGGAAAAAAUUCGACUUUAAGGCACGGACCAAAACUCUCCGUGCAUUUUCCCUAAUUGAAACUAAGCCACAAGGAGGAAGCUAUAGGCUACAUCCAGUAGUUCAGGACUGGUGUACCCAUGUUGCUGCGACAGAAAACCAUAUCUCUCGGUCAAGGGAAAUUGUGCUUGUUUCCAUUGGAUAUAUGGUCCCGGAUAGUGAUGAGAGAGACUAUGCGAGAGCUCAGCGGCGCCUGCUCCCACAUGCAAAUUAUCUGUUUCAAAAACAUAUGACUUACGAAACCAAUGAUACCGCAGUUUGUGGCGCUUUCCAUAUGCUAGGAAAUCUCUACUCUGAUCAAGGCAAGCUGAAGGAGGCAGAGGAGAUGUAUAAGCGCGUAUUGGCAGGCUAUGGACAGAAUCUGUGUAAGGCACUGACCUCAAGAAACGUAGGUAUGCAUUGA